GCAUUUCCAAUAGCAAACAAAAAACUAGCUGGUAGGCCACGACGUCUGUGACACCGCCUCACACCUGAAGGAUUCCAACCACGGACCUGCAAGUUGAACCUGUAGUAAAUACACCUCAACCCAACCUUUGGUAGUGUUGUGGUGGGUAAUAAGGCGCCAUGAAGCUGCUUAAGUUCAUCAACAGCGACGCGCCGCAGACGUUGUCCGGCGCCGAGCUCACGUCCGAUCGGCUCUCUUUUCCAAGCCCCAUGGCGCACGCGGAGAUGGCGAAGUCGUGGACCCUCCACUCCAUUUCGACGGCGGCGCAGGGGGGGGGUUAUUGGCUUCUCGACGACAACGGCAAACCAAUCGGGAUCCUCAACGACAUCCUUCUCGCCAUUCCGGCAGGGGAGGAGGUCGCGACCUGCGGUUCGGUCCCACGCGCUGUCAUCACCGAUCACGAGGUCAACGAUCUCGACUUUCGAAGUAAGCUCGGUCGACAGCUCGAGCGCACCCGUGCGGAGUACGGCGUGACCUACAAGACGGCCGCCAAGUCCGCACAGGCGUUGAUGGAUGCGAGCGAGCUGAGCGAAAAGCGACAAGAACGAAUGCGCCGCGAGCGGGAGGCCGUCGUCGAGUCGAUCGAAGCAGGUGAGUCGGUGGUCGAUAAACCCAAAGCAAAGCGCGCCAAAACGUCGGUAAAGUAACCUAUAAGGAGAUUAUUCUUGACUCUGAUUGUACCCAUCGGUGCACACUUUGUGAGGCGUGGUGGAAAGAAAGGCAAUACUCUUUCAGGGUAGGACCAAAAGCAAACAAACGAAAAAGAAGCCAAAUAAUCGGUGCGGAGCGAUCGUGAAGAUGUGCGUAAUACGUGAUGCGAUCAUGGCUCUAGUCGUUCUUCACAAUCCUAAGAUGUGUGGUGAUGAUGGGGUUUAAAGGAGGAGGAAGUAUUCUUUUUUGGUGCGUGAAAUGCUCAGAUGUUGGCUUUUAUUAAGCUUAAAGCUAAAUUGGAGUAUUUAUUCCAUCGUAUAAAUAUUUGAGGUAAGCUAAAUCGAUGUCAUCGUGUAAAACUUAUACACGAUGUAAAUAGCAGGGACCA